GCACAGACCACCAAUGUCAUAUCCCAACGUCCAAUAAUCAUAGAGCUAUUAACCUCACCUCAAAGCUUCACCAAAUCCACGGCCACUUUAAACAUCCCACCAUCCACCCGUCAAUUGCCAAACUCAUCUAGGCACCCGAAUAUCCCGAACAGAAGCAACAUCAAACAUUUCAACCAUGGCCGGACCAACUGGCGGCAGCCCACCCCCCCAUUUCUACGCCGGCCCGCUGAAGUACUGCCGCUGGGCCGCCCGCAACAGCCCCGCGUACUUCUGGUCGUGUGUGCUGGGCGCCGUCGGGCCCAUCAUGGUCCUGACCGUGCCGCCCAUCCUAGAGAGGCUCGGCUACCAGCGGACGCCGCCGGUGCCGUUGACAUAUCCCAUCCCCGCCGGCCCGAGAAAGAAGCUCACCGGUUACGACGACGAAUAAACCGCACGCAUAACGGCGGGGUAGGAAAGAUUGGCCACUAGGUAUUACGGAUCAGGUCACAGAUCUGUAGGCUAAACAAAUGUACAUACGAAGAGCACCCUUCACGUCUCUCGGUUGAACACAAGGCAUAUCAGAGGCAUGGAGCAAAACGAGGAAAGGGAAGUGUUGCACAGUAAUCCUCAUAGAAGGAGUAGAACAAAAAAGCACGAACUUCAUAGACACGGGAGCUUCAUCAAAUAUUGACCAAUCAAUCAAUCAACCAAUCAGCCAACCAA